AUGGCGAUCAGUGUAGCUAUGCUUUGGUUACUCGGUACUGUCGUGUUAACAACGUUGGCGUCCGCAGUCACCCCGCCCGAGGGCUCCAAGAAUCGCCACUACGAUUUCGCUAUAAAAAAGACUAACUACACAAGGCUGUGUCACGAGAAGACCGUGCUCACCGUGAACGGCCAGUUCCCCGGUCCGACCAUCUACGCGCGCAAGGGCGACAUCGUCAUCGUCAACGUCAUCAACCAAGGCAAAAAAAACAUCACCAUCCACUGGCAUGGUGUGGACCAGCCAAGGAACCCGUGGUCCGACGGCCCGGAGUACAUAACACAGUGUCCCAUCCAGCCCAGCGCCAACUUCACCUACACGGUCAUCUUGUCCGAAGAAGAGGGCACGCUGUGGUGGCAUGCGCACAGCGACUUUGACCGCACCACCGUCCAUGGCGCCAUCGUCAUCCACCCCAAGAAGGGUACCACCUUUCCCUUCAAGAAGCCACACAAGGAGAUACCUGUCAUCCUCGGUGAGUGGUGGAACGCCGAUGUGAACCGUCUGCUCCAGGAGGCCAAACGGACUGGUGGCGAGGUCAAUAUUUCUGAUGCGAACACCAUCAACGGCCAGCCGGGAGACCUGUUCCCGUGCUCCAAGAACGGCACCUUCAAGCUGCACGUGGAGAGUGGCAAGACGUAUCUGCUCCGGAUCAUCAACGCGGCACUGGCCAACGAGCUCUUCUUCGGCAUCGCAGGGCACCGUCUCACAGUGGUUGGCACAGACGCGCGCUACACCAAGGCGUUAACCGUCGACUAUAUCAUGAUCUCGCCGGGCCAGACCGUGGACGCGCUCCUGGAGGCCGACCGCGCCGCGAACGGUUCGUCCAAUUGCCGGUACUACAUGGCGGCACGGACGUUCGCGUCGAACACCGGCAUCGACUUCAAUAACAGCACCGCCACAGCCAUCGUGGAGUACACGGACGCGCCACGUGCCACACGCGCGGGCACGCCGGACUUCCCCAACCUUCCAGCCGUCAAUGACACCGACGCGGCGACGACAUACACAGAGCAGCUCCGGUCCUUGGCCAGCAAGGACCACCCCGCAGACGUGCCGGCCCAUGUCGACGAGCACAUGCUCAUCACCAUCGCCGUCAAUGUGCUCCCAUGCACGGGCAACAUGACGUGCGAUGGUCCACUCAGCAGCCGCUUCGCCGCUAGCCUCAACAACGUAAGCUUCCAGACCCCCUCCGUCGACGUCCUCGAUGCCUACUACGGCUCCGUCCGCGGCGUGUACGAGCCAGACUUCCCCGACAAGCCGCCCUUCUUCUUCAACUUCACCGACGACAAUGUCCCCACGGAGCGCUGGUUCACGAAGCGCGGCACCAAGGUGAAGGUACUCGAGUACGGAGCCGUGGUGGAGGUGGUUUUCCAGGACACUGCCAUUCUAGGCGCCGAGACCCACCCGAUGCACCUGCACGGAUUCGCCUUCUACGUGGUGGGAAGAGGGUUCGGGAACUUCGACAAGCACAAGGAUCCGGCCACGUACAACUUGAUCGACCCGCCGUACCAGAACACCGUCUCCGUGCCGAAGGCUGGUUGGGCCGCAGUUCGCUUCCGUGCUACAAAUCCCGGUGUGUGGUUUAUGCACUGCCACUUCGAUCGUCAUCAGGUUUGGGGGAUGGACACUGUGUUCAUCGUAAAGGAUGGCAAGACCCCCCAAGCUAAAAUGAUGCGCCGUCCUGCGGGCAUGCCUAGGUGCUAACUUGCGUGAUUAUACGGAGUGUGAUAG